AUGCUUGGCUUCAUGUCGCGAGGUGUAGGGACCACCACCCGGCGCAGCCUAGGGAGCAGCUCGGGUCCUGUUCGUCACGCUGAUUCGGUCCUUCGAGAUCUGUUUGACAGCGUUCCUGAUGAUUCUGAGCCGGAUGUCACGGUGAUAAGCAAGCUCUGGGGAGAGCUUCGAGAUGUUUUCAAAGAUGACGUCGACGAACAGGUCUAUGAGGAGCAAUCUCUCUCAGUAUGGGUGCUCAAGAAUGCCAGGUCCUCCACAUGGAAGCUCGAACGCGCUUUGCAGUCUCUGUUCCAAAAAGACCACGAAAAGCUCGGAGACGACGGUCACCAACUGCAAGAUCUAGCGUUGGCUUUUGGCCUGAAAUCCGUUUGGAAUUUUUAUUUGUACUUCGGAACGAAUAUUGCAUCCUCUCCACGAUCUCGGGCCGCCCUUCGCAAAUUUCGGAACACUCACCGAGGCAUCUCUUUCGACUCCGUUUUCUCCGAGAUUGAAGCCGCUCGCUAUGAACGCUCAGGUAUUCGAGCUUCGGCUGCUCAUAGACCCCACCCUGGGCGGUCUCGCUCAAGCAAAUUUCAUUAUGCAUACACCCCUGCCGAUAUCGAGAAGGGGUUAGAGGAAGCUUCGAAAGGUUACAAGCCGCCGCCUAUGCCCCAUCAACGCAAUCACGAUGCGGCGGCGACGCCGUCUGAAGAGAGGCUCAGCAGCUACAGCUCAUCAUCCAGCCCAAAGGAUGUCAUCAUCGCGGCGACCUCUCCAGUCGAUGGUACUUCGACUGAAGAUGCGGAAGAAGACAGCGCAGAAGAGGGAGCAGAUUCCACCAACGACGAAGACGUGGAGAUGAAAGAUGCAGAGAACGAUAGCAUCGUCGUGAAAGGCGGAACGGAAUCACCUGCGUCUCAUGAAUCAGAUGCAGGCACUCCUGACUCAACGCCGCCCCAGUGGAACCUGUCGACAUUUCGUCCAGUCGAUGACGAUGAAGCCGGCCGCAAAGUCUCACCUACACCUGCGGUUCCCACUUCUGAACCCCGCGACGCGAAGACUCAAGCUCUGUCGAGGAAAGCUCCCAGUGCUGCUGCUGCUGCUGCGCCCCAUACUACUCCUCCCAGUACUGCUGCUGCUCCCAGUACUGCUGCUGCUCCCAAUACUGCUUCUCCCAGUGCUGCUACUUCCAGUGCUGCUGCCCCCAGUGGUGCUGCUCCUAGUGCUGCUGCCCCCGGUGCUACUGCUCCCAGUAGUUCCGCACCCAGUAGCUCUGCGCUUGGUAGUCCUGCUCCCGGAUCACAGGGUCCGUGGCCUCCAAUAUCUCUGAAACGACUCGCUGCGGUUUCUUACGAGGCUGCCAAACGCCUCAAGAGCAACAGCUACGCUGGAACAAGCAAUAUCACAAACACUCCAGACAGGAGCGGCGCUCCAUCGGAGCCAGGUAGCGCCUCGCAGCCGGCAUCGCAAAGCCAAACCGCGAUGCCCACCCAAGCCAAGCAUUCUGCUUUGCUUACCCGUUCACCGGUGCCAAUUCCGGAUGUACCAGGUCGGAAAACGACGCCUGCCCAAGGGAAGCAUUUAGCUCCGCUUCGCCAGUCACCGGUACCGAAUGGCACGGCCAUGAUCGAAGGUCGUAAGCCCUACCCAAUGGAAGACCUGAUCAGAGCCAGUGAGAUGCUGAGCAACGGGCAAAAGCUCAACGACACCGCUGUCAACGCUUUAGUCGCCAUGAUCUGCCGUGAACUCCGCCCUGAUUGGGGCUUCAUAGAGAGCAGCUGGCUCUCUCAAUUCAAUUCUGGGGUCAGAGUGCGAUCCAUCCAUCGAGAAAUGUGUUCAAAGGAGAAGCUGCUGCUCGUUGUUCAGCACCCGGAUCACUGGGCUCUUUUGGUUUGGGAUCUGAAAACCAAUGAAGUUGAAUAUCUCGACUCGUACUUGACGAACGAAACAAUCUCACAUGCCAGGUGUCUCGUUGGAAAGGUAGCAGAGUGGUUCGCCAAAACCGGCCUCAAUCCUGAGGCGACAGCACACAAAUUCUUGAUCAGAACGAACCGGCCUCAGCAAAAGCCCGGCGAUAUCGACUGCGGAAUCCAUGUCGUAUCAAAUGCAUACUAUGCUGCUGGUUCUCCCGAAGAGGACCAGCUAGAUGCCUUAUUAGCCAAACGUGCAGCUGCUGGGACUGUUGAGGAGGGCAUGAGCAAAGCUGCCAUCAUGCGCCGCCUCCUCGCUUGGCGCGUUAUGUCGUCAAUGCACACAACGCCGCUACAGCUCAUCACUAUAUCGACGAACCACAAGUCUUUCAGGGGAUUAAUAAGAUAUUCUCGUAAACUUAUCAAGGAGAGGCAGGAGCGCGGAAGUCAGGAGACCGGUCCCUGGUCGGCACUCAUGGCAAAGCAACUCGAUGUAGAGAUCAAGGCAGGCGCACUCUGCACAAAGCUGGGCUCUUUUUUCAAAAAGCACAGAGCAGUCAUGACGAGCCACUUUCGUCGCAGGGAACUCAUAAAUACCCAGAAAAGGAGACCAGCCUACGACACGGUCAUCCAACCUUUGGUUGAGAUGGAACGGAUGUGGCGAGGUAACAACAACUCUCUCCGCGACCUAUCGUUGGAGGAGAGGAAUUCUAUCGCGAAAAUUCGGUGGGAAAUUUUUCGAUUUCUUCCGGGAGAUGCGAUGGAGUUGCUCUUGGGUGAUGAGAAUGGACGGGAACCCUUUUUGGGAGGAAGCGUGGGCAUAGUAGUGAUUCACGCUACUGCUCAGCGGCUUCGUAAGGUGCUCGAUGAGCUGCAGAAGUUGGAGAAGCUCACGGCGCCUGUUGUGGAGUAUUACAGGACCAACUUCAGUCCCGAAGCCUUAAGUUAG